AUGUCUUCGAGUGGUGAGCAGGUGAUGGAAAAUGAAGACAUGUAUACGUCGGAAUCCGACACCGAUUCCGACCCCGCUGGGUCGCUGCGGGAGAGGCUCUGUGUCGCUAUGCAGAAAAGCAUGUUCGAAAGGACAGAGGGGAACAAGUUCAUUCCAAGAAGCAUUUUCGAUGAGAUCUUCACAGGAACCGCCUCGACUCAGACGGACAGACGCAAUUUUGUGCUUCGAGUUAUGGGCAGAGAAUUGAGUCGGCCGAGCAAGGAAGAUAUCGCACUCGCCGAUUACAUCAUGGGAAGCGCACAGAAGGUUUUCCUCAUCGCAGUUUACAUACGAUUGGACCGACUUCAUGCAGCAAUGAGACUAUUCAAAGAUGAUAAGUUCACAGAUGAGAGGUUACCAAUUGACGAAUGGAAAGGGAACCAGUUGGAGUGUGAACUAGAGAGUCAUCCAUUCGUGCUGAUGGAGGACAAGAGGAAACACAAAAGCAAGAGCACAAAGCGCAUAUGGCGCGUUCAGUCCAUCAGUCUCUUCCAGGAUGACCAGUUGUUGUUCCUGUCCCCAACAAUAUCAGUACAUGAGCAGUAUUGCAAGUUCGACAAUCGCCGGCCGAUUCCUUUCAUUGAGAAGGACACACAUCUUAGUAGUGGCGCGCAUGGGGUCGUGUACAAUAAAUCUUCUGUUGUCGCAGUCAAGGCUUUUAGGAAAGGCGGCAAGAAUGUAGCAGUCGAUGUGAAAAGAGAAGUCGACGCUUUGGUCAGAAUGAACGAACUCGGACAGAAACACAUCGUCCGUUUUAUCACGUCUUUUCAACGCGGUACCCUGGCGGAUUUGGAAUACUACGUGCUGUUCGAAUGGGCAGAUGGCGGGAACCUCAGCGACUUUUGGACUCAACAGGACAGUUCAAGGCGAACAGCCUCACUAGUUGAGUGGGUGAUAAGGCAACUUUGUGGAUUAGCAAAAGCGCUCGCAGCGGCCCAUUACAUGCCGGACAAGGUUUCCUACCGCCACGGUGAUCUCAAGCCUGGCAACAUCCUCUGGUUCAGGGAUAAUGAUGGAUACGGCACGCUCAAGAUCGGUGACUGGGGUGAGGCAAAGAGUCACGAGCAAGUUACUGCCUUGCGCCAUGGUCACGUGGAUACAACUGCAAGAUACGGUACAAGAAGAUACGAACCACCCGAGACCGGCCUGCAGCCACUUCUUCCUAAGGGCACUCCGCAUGUACGGUCCCGCUUAUACGACGUAUGGGGUAUGGGCUGUAUCAUCCUCGAGUUUAUCAUCUGGCUGUUGUACGACCAUGGAGAGCUCUCUAGAUUCAACAACAGUAAUCAAGGAUACUUCGGUCCUUCCGACAUGUUCUACGAGAUUAGUCACGAGAGAGUUGUACGAAUCCAUCGCGUCGUGGAACACUGGAUGGAGCACAUGGCAAAGGACGGAUUGUGUCGUCCAGAUGCGACGGCUCUGGGCAAUCUCCUCCAAAUCGUUCGUACAAAACUCUUGGUCGUUGAUCUCCCCGAAGUUGGUGGUCCAGCUGAUACCGGGAUGCCUCCCAUUUCACAUGAUGACAGUCCAUUGAUCAGCGUCACCACGCCAGAUUCCACAAAUCACAAGGUCAUUCAUGGUCCGGAAUCAGGACCGCAGACUAGAAUUCGUGCCUAUGAGCUCGAGGCGGAGUUACUCCUCAUAGCUCAAGGUGGAGGAAGUGAAAACUACUGGUACCAAAAUCAGGAGCCAAGACCAGCGCCAGCGGAAAUCAUUGGGUCCAUUCUACCGGUCUUCCCGUCCCUACAAACGACAUGGUCGACUAUGCGCAUCCAUCCUUAG